AUGUCCCACCAGCCACUCAGCUGCCUGACUGAAAAAAGGGGUAACCCCAACGAAAGCACAGGAAAUGGGCCCCCCAACCUGGCUCACCCAAACCUGGACACAUUUACCCCAGAGGAGCUGCUGCAGCAGAUGAAGGAACUCCUUGUUGAAAACCAUCAACUCAAAGAGGCAAUGAAGCUAAAUAAUCAAGCUAUGAAGGGGCGUUUUGAGGAGCUUUCAGCAUGGACAGAGAAACAGAAAGAAGAACGCCAGUACUUUGAGAUUCAGAGCAAAGAAGCCAAAGAACGCCUAAUAACUUUGAAUCAUGAAAAUGAAAAAUUGAAGGAAGAGCUUGAGAAGCUAAAAGGAAAAGCAGAACAGUCAUUUGAGAACCCAGCUGGUGACUCCAGACUUCCCAAAGCAGAGCCUGAACAGGAAAUGGAACAACUGAAGACACAAGUGAUUCGCCUUCAAGCUGAAAAGGCAGAUCUGCUAGGCAUUGUAUCCGAGUUACAGCUCAAAUUGAACUCAAGCGGCUCCUCGGAAGACUCCUUUGUUGAAAUUAGGAUGACUGAAGGAGAAGCAGAUGGGGCAUUAAAAGAAAUCAAGAAUAGCCCUGGUCCCACAAGAAAUGACUCCAUUGAGAGUGCCCUCUCUAAAUAUAGGUGCAAAUCUGCAGAAGGAGCCAGAAAUUAUAUGGAAUUUGAGGAAUUAACUGUGAGCCAACUCCUGCUUUGUCUAAGAGAAGGAAACCAAAAGGUGGAAAGACUUGAAAUUGCACUCAAAGAGGCCAAAGAAAGAAUUUCAGAUUUUGAGAAGAAAGCAAAUAAUCACGCUGAAAUUGAGACCCAGACUGAGGAGAGCACAGAAGAAGAGAAGGAAGAGGAGAAAGGCACAGAAACGGUUGGAAGUGAAGUGGAAGCACUGAAUCUUCAGGUGACAACCCUGUUUAAAGAGCUUCAAGAGGCUCAUACUAAACUCAGUGAAGCAGAACUAAUGAAGAAGAGACUUCAAGAGAAAUGUCAAGUCCUUGAAAGGAAAAAUUCUGCAACUCCAUCAGAGCUGAAUGAAAAGCAAGAACUUGUAUAUAAUAACAAAAAGUUAGAGCUACAAGUGGAAAGCAUGCGAUCAGAAAUAAAAAUGGAGCAAAGUAAAACAGAAGAUGAAAAGGCCAAAUUAGCAUCUCUACAGUUAACACACAGCAAGCUUCUUCAAGAACACAGUCAUGCAUUGAAAACAAUUGAGGAGCUGAAAAUGAAAGAGUCAGGAAAGGUAGACAGGGCAGUGCUGCAGGAACUAAAUGAAAAACUGGAACUGGCAGAGCAGGCCCUGGCUGCCAAGCAGCUCCAGAUGGAUGAGAUGAAGCAGACCAUUGCCAAGCAGGAGGAAGACCUAGAAACCAUGAGUGUCCUCAGGGCGCAGAUGGAGGUUUACUGUUCUGAUUUCCAUGCUGAAAGAGCCGCAAGAGAGAAGAUUCAUGAAGAAAAGGAGCAACUGGCAUUGCAGCUGGCAAUUUUGCUGAAAGAAAAUAAUGUUUUUGAAGAUGGAGGCAGGCAAUCGCUGAUGGAGAUGCAGAGCCGACAUGGGGCCAGAACAAAUGACCCAGACCAGCAAGCUUACCUUGUUCAAAGAGGAGCUGAAGAUAGAAACUGGCUGCAACAGCAGCAAAGGAAUAUUCCAAUUCAUUCUUGUCCCAAAUGUGGAGAAGUCCUGCCUGACAUAGAUACGUUGCAGAUUCAUGUUAUGGACUGUAUCAUUUAA